UGCAUAGCAAGGGCUCUCUGUGUAACAGAGAGCUUUACCUUUCAAAGUGAUUUGGUCCGAUCCAUCCUUACGGAUGGGCGGCCAAAGGGUAAAAAAAAAACGCUGAGACCACACAUCUUUUCGCAGCUCGCAGACUUGUCAGCGACCUUCUUCGGAACAAGGAGCAUACAGAAGACAAAAAAGGAAGGGAGAGAAAACGAUAAAGAAAGCAAACUCGAGGCUUGGUACGAGCAUUUCCAAAUCUCGAACAUGUCUCGUCCGGUCAGUCUUUCUCCGGGGCCAUCCAGACAAUCCAAACAAAAGUCACCAUCAGAAGUUUCGACGGGAGGCGAAGAUGUUGCUGUAGAAGCACGAACUCGACGUCGGCCGUUAAUAGAACAAAGUCUCUCCCGUACAGAGUUUCUUCAGAUACGCACUGAAGUAGAGACUAUUCGAACAUUACUUCAAGGCAAUCUUGAAGGAAUCCCUUUACAAGAAAGGGAAUGGGUACAAGAGCUCAUAGAUAUUGGCUGCCCAGAAACGGAAAUUGCCCAGCUAUUGUGUGACAAAACAAAUGGUUCCUCAAUCCGUUUGGAAACUCCGAAGUCCACCAGACCUGAGGUAUUUGUUGGACGCCAUCUUUUAGGCUGUCCGCAUUCGCUCAUAGAGACCGUCUCGAAGCCUCUGGAACUCAGCUCUUUUGCUGCCUCUACCAACACUGAGAAAUCUCAUGGACAACCAAAUGAAGCGACCACAUACAUCAUUGAGAAACUUUGCGGUAUUGGCGGCAGCAAAACGGCAGGUUUUAACGCAUUGUUUUCCACCGAUCCAGUGCAAAUACGCUAUACUUUUGGAAACAAAGAUUUCAACUCAACCCAUUCUAUCAGUAUCUCGCAACUCCAUAGGACGGUUGGGAAUCUAUGCAAGGCAAUAGCAAAAAUACAGGAAUCCAAUCUUUGUUGCGACAGUUUUACAAUACUACGAAAGCACUCAUUAGCAGUCGGACCGGACAAAGUCGAGCUGUGCUCGGUCAAAAUUGAGCUGAUUACCCAGCUAUUCUCGUAUUUAUAUCAUACCCUGCUUCCUGGAGCGAUGUCGUUAUCUUCUAGCGCUGGCGGCGCUAUCGAAAUUCUCAGCAUCCUCUGUGAUUUGGACAUGCUUGACUGGCUCAUUAACGUCCCGGAUUCUUUCCAAAGCAACAUCGACGGAGAAAUCCAUUUAUAUUCCUUGACCAUACAGUUCCUUUGUCUGGGCCUAUUGUCUUACAACAAAGCACAUACAGGGCCUCUCACGACUUCCAUUCUCGAUGAAACACUAUCGGAGAUUGCACUACUUGGAAGCGCCGACAAAGAUGGAUCUCCCUAUAUCCAGGCAGAACUUCAGGCUCUCACCUGCUUGCAUGAUAUGUUGCAAGGUCCGGUUUUGGUAUUCUCACUGAAGAGAGGUCCUCACUCUCCAGCACCGCCUGUCAGCGCAAAACUCGCCUGUGGCCUGAUCGGCUGUCCCGAAGAUAUAUUAGACACAUGGGGUCCAGGGUGCUAUGUAUCUACCAAAGAUCAUCUAGCGCAGGAUGAACAACUUUGUGCAAUCCGGAUAGGUGGGGGUACCAUCAUGGCCAGCAACGGCAAGGAGCGCAAGUACCAUUGGUUCCCUAGCGCCACCAUAAGCCCUGACCCCAAAGCAACGUUCGGAAAAUGUAUAAAGAUACAAAUCGGCGCAGGGGUAGAAGCGAACGACGAUUGUCGCUACAAUGAAAAGAUACGCCUGACUUUUUCCGAGCCCUUUCUAGAGAAUCUAGGGACCGUACAAAGCGGUUGGGAGAUUCAGCAACGUCAGAUGGCUUUGCAAGGCGGAAACUACGUUGUCGUUCAACUCGCUCAAACGUGGGCAAAGCGUCCAACUCGCACUCUCAAGCAAGCUGAACUAUCUCGAGGCUACUGGCCAACUUUUCCAUUUCUACAGGAAUUUUGGGGGCUCCAGGUGAGCUUCUGUACGGGAAUUUCCCAGAGAGUACGCCUGCGAGUUCUCAUCGCAAAUGUUAUGUUGCCUUGGAUCCAAUGCCAACUAUCGAUUCCUCCGGAAUGGGAUAACCUGGCAGCUGCAGACAUAAUUGAAGCCUUCAAAAAUGACAAAACUGAUUUGCAGCAAUGGCUCACUGAAAGGACACGCGAGCAGCAGCAUGCGACGAUACGGAUCAUUCAAGGCAUUCUCGAUGAUAUGAAGCAUACCGGUAUUGACUCCAAUGGGGACUUCGUGGUUGCUUGGAUAAGGCCAGAAAAGGGCCUCAAAUGCUUCAGGAUCCCGUGCGAAGGAAAGACCAUUUGGGCAAAAAUGCUCGCUGACUCCGAAGACUCCGCAACUUUCGCAUACAUUAACUCCGAAUGAUUGGAGACUGACUAUGUCAAAUGUAAUGGCCCGGACGCAACUUGGAAACAUGCAAGCUCGAUGUUAGUAACGGCUGUAUAU